UGGGCCAAAAGGCGGAGGAAGGGCGGCUUAGGCGGCAGAGCCUCCCAGAUGGCCGAGUUGGAUCUCAUGGCUCCAGGGCCACUACCUGGGGCCACUGCUCACUCUCUGGCCCCUCUCAGCCCAGACUCCGGGCCGAGCAGUCCGGUAGAAGAAGAGGACGUGGGCUCCCUGGAGGGGCCGGAUGGGGAGGCUGAGGGACAGGACGGGGGCUCUGCAGAGCAGGGGGCCCCCGGAGACGAGAAGGAGGAGGAGGAGGAGAUCCUGUGUGAUUUCUGCCUCGGGACCAGCAGGGUGAGGGCGGUGAAGUCCUGUCUGACCUGCAUGAUGAAUUACUGUGAAGAGCACCUGCGGCCGCACCAGGAGAACAGCAAACUGCACAGCCACCGGCUGACGGAGCCGGUGCGGGACCGCGACCUGCGCACCUGCCCCACCCACCACAGCCCACUGGUCGCCUUCUGCAGCCAGGAUCGGCAGAGCAUCUGCCAGGAGUGUGGCCAGGAGGAGCACAGGGGCCACACCAAGAUCUCCCUGGAUGCAGCCCGCAGGGACAAGGAGGCUGAACUUCGGUGCACCCAGUUAGACCUGGAGCGGAAGCUCAAGUUGAAUGAAAAUGCCAUCGCCAGGCUCCAAGCCAACCAUAAAUCUGUUCUGAUGUCAGUGUCAGAGGUAAGAGCGGUGGCCGAAGAGCAGUUUGGGGAACUCCUUGCUGCUGUGAGGAAGGCCCAGGCUGACGUGAUGCUCUUCUUGGAGGAGAAGGAGCAAGCUGCUCUGAGCCAGGCCAACGGCAUCAAGACGCACCUAGAGUACCGCAGUGCAGAGAUGGUGAAGAGCAGGGAGGAGCUGGAGAGGAUAGCUGCCAUCAGCAACACCGUCCUGUUCCUGGAGGAGUACUGCCAGCUGAAGAACACGGAGGACAGCGACGCCUUCCCCAGCGUUUACAUAGGCCUGAAGGACAAACUCUCGGGCAUCCGCAAGGUCAUCACGGACUCCACUGUACACUUAAUCCAGUUGCUGCAGAACUAUAAGGGAAAGCUCCAGGAGUUUGCCAAGGAAGAGGAAUAUGACAUCAGGACUCAAGUGUCUGCUGUUCAGCGCAAAUAUCGGACUUCGAAACCUGAGCCCAGCACCAGGGAACAGUUCCUCCAAUACGCGCAUGACAUCACGUUUGACCCAGACACGGCACACAGGUAUCUCCGGCUGCAGGAGGACAACCGCAAGGUCACCAACACCUCGCCCUGGGAGCAUCCGUACCCGGACCUGCCCAGCAGGUUCACACACUGGCGGCAGGUGCUGUCCCAGCAGAGUCUGUUCCUGCACAGGUACUAUUUCGAGGUAGAGGUCUCCGGGGCAGGCACCUACGUCGGCCUCACCUGCAAAGGCAUCGACCGGAAAGGGGAGGAGCGCAAUAGCUGCAUUUCCGGAAACGACUUCUCCUGGAGCCUGCAGUGGAAUGGGAAGGAGUUCACGGCCUGGCACAGUGACACCGAGACCCCGCUUAAAGCCAGCCCUUUCCGGAGGCUCGGAAUCUACGUCGACUUCCCAGGAGGGACCCUUUCCUUCUACGGCGUGGAGUACGAUGCCAUGACUCUGGUUCACAAGUUUGACUGCAAGUUUUCAGAGCCAGUCUAUGCUGCCUUCUGGCUUUCCAAGAAGGAAAACACCAUCCGGAUUGCGGAUCUGGGAGAGGAACCCGAGAAGCCAGCACCAUCUGCAGUGGAGGCUGCUGCCUUGAUAGUGUCCUGUCUGCUCAGGAUCAUGGAAAACCUGGAGUCGAGGCUCAAGAAUGCCCUGUACUUUCGCUGUGAGAAGGGAAACGAUUCUGUCCCCGUGUGCCAGAAGUGUGAGACGUGUGUCUUGGCGUGGAAGAUCUUCUCUACCAAAGAGUGGUUCCGGAGGAUCAACGAGAUAUCGCAGACGAAGUUUCUAGUUAGCAUUCUGCGGCAGUUAAAUAGCUUAUAUUUGUUACACUAUUUCCAAAAUAUCCUUCAGGCCACAGAGGGGAAGGAUUUCAUCUAUAGCAGGUCCCGGAUCCACCUCAGCAAGAAGGAGGGGAAAACCGUGAGGUCCUCCUUGAACCAAAUGUUGGAUAAAACCGUAGAACAGAAGAUGAAGGAGAUGUUGUGCUGGUUUGGGAACAGCACCCACCAGACUAAGGCCAAUUACACUCUCUUGCUUCUGCAGAUGUGCGACCCCAAAUUGCUGCUCACUGCUGCCAAUGUGAUCAGAGUCCUGUUUCUGAGAGAGCAGAGUAAUAUCUCAGGGUUUGAUCAAGAUUCUACCAAUGUGUAUUUUUUAUCCGAAAGAACGUACAGCCCCACCUCUGAGACCUCACAUGUCUAUUGGGCAGCUAGAACUCAGCAGACACCCUUUCCUUUGUCCAAAGCCUCAAGAAGUGAAAAUGCACAGGGGAGAGCAUCAAAUCCUGAGGGACAGUGGAAGAGUUCGCUGCAGUGUAUUUCGGAGAUGAAUAGGCUAUUUUCUGGGAAAGUGAACAUUGCCAAGCCUGGGUACGACCCCUGUAAUCUGUUGGUUGACCUGGAAGAGGUCAAGGACCUGUCUUCUGCGUUCAGCAAAUACCGAGACUUCAUCCGUUACCUGCCCAUCCACCUCUCCAAGUACAUUUUAAGAUUGCUAGAUAGAAACACCUUGAACAAGUGUGCUUCCGUGAGCCAGCAGUGGGCCGCCGUGGCUCAGCAGGUCAGGAUGGACAUGUCAUCACAGAACUUCGUUCAGAACCAGAUUUCUGUCUUGCAGGGGUCCUACACCAGGGGAAUAGAUCCUAAUUACGCCAACAGGCUGCCUGUCCCAGUCCCUAAAGUGGUGGAUGAUGGGAAGCGUGUGCGUGCGAAAAGCCAGAAAUGGAAGCCGAGAACGAAGGUGGGUUCCCGCAGCAGCUGGGGCAGGUGGGACGAAAACAGAGUCAUCCACUAUGCUGGGGGAGAUCUGGUGGCUGUGUCAUCUAAUCGGAAGAUCCACCUUCUGGACAUCAUACAUUUCACGAAGUUACCGAUCGAGUUCCGAGGCCACGCCGGGAGUGUCCGGGCCGUCUUCUUGCGUGAGGAGGAAAACUUUCUCCUGAGCGGAAGUUAUGACCUAAGUAUCAGAUACUGGGAUCUGAAAAGUGGGAGUUGUGUACGAAUCUUCAAUGGCCACCAGGGGACAAUCACUUGCAUAGAUUUAUAUAAGAACAGGCUCGCGUCGGGAGCAAGAGAUUGUCAGGUGAAAGAAUGGGAUUUAGACACAGGGAAGUGCCUAAAGACAUUUAAACACAAAGACCCCAUCUUGGCCACCAGGAUCAAUGACACCUACAUUGUGAGCAGCUGUGAACGAGGGAUAGUUAAAGUGUGGCACGUUGCCAUGGCGCAGCUUGUCAAGACGCUCAGUGGCCACGAAGGAGCCGUGAAAUGCCUGUUUUUUGACGAGUGGCAUAUCCUGUCGGGGAGCGCGGAUGGGCUGGUCAUGGCCUGGAGCAUGGUGGGCAAGUACGAGCGCUGCCUGAUGGCCUUCAAGCAUCCAAGGGAGGUGCUUCACGUGUCCCUUCUCUUCCUUCGGGUCAUCAGCGCCUGUGCAGAUGGCAAGAUCCGCAUUUACAAUUUCCUCAAUGGGAACUGUCUGAAGGUGAUAAAAGCCAAUGGCAGAGGUGAUCCUGUGCUGUCCUUCUUUAUUCAGGGCAACAGGAUGGUGGUCAACACAGAAAGCAACAUCCUCAUGUUCCAGUUUGAGCCCAUAAAAUGGCAGUAUGCCCAGGAAAGAAGUAAACAAAAGAAUAAGAAGGAGAGAGGGGACGAAAAGGAAGAAAACGGACUCACGGAAAUUCUCUCCAGGUCUAGCACUCAGAUGUAUAGCCUGAGAGACUCUGCAUCCAGUAAACAAACUGUGACCCCGGAGUUCCUGUCAAGUAAACCUCACAAGUCCCGUGCUGUCCCGAAGGCGGCCAAGUUAUCUUCAGCAGAUGAUGUGAUGAAAGUACGAAAACAAGGACAACUGGAAACUCCUGGAGAAUUGAUCCAUCACCCAAAGAAAAAGUCCUGGAAAAUGCCUAUGUCGCCUGACCGAUUCCUCCUGACUGUCAGUGCCCUGCAGCAAGCUCAUAAUUCAGGGGAGUUUGCCUAUCCCCAUAGGCCUAAAACCCAAGUCAUUGAUGCCUGGGGACCUUCAAUCUCGCACCCAAGGAAGGUCCUGAAUUUCAAAGGAAAAUCAGUCCAACAUGCAGUUGACAGGUUGAGAUUCAGCAAUCCUCCCAUAGAUGUGAAAAAAACCAAUGUUCCCCUUGAAACCCAGAAGUUGCAGCCCAAUUUUAAGAACUCUUUGCAUAGUCCCAGAGUCCAGUCCACCAUCCCCCAGCCCCUGAUUAUCCGCCCUAAGUUCUCAGGUAGCUUAAAGGAAGACCAAGUGACCAGUUCAACUGAAGGGGCAGUGCACCGUACGGGCCCCCUGACCAGUUUGCAGGUCAUCAAACAGCACCACAUGCUUGCUCCACAUGUGAGCACCCUGUCUCUCAAGAAAGAACGGGCUCGCUUAUGCACAGCCCUCAAUCCCCUUAGAAUGAACACUGGGUUCAUGCUGUUGACCGUGAAGGAGGAGAAAGAGUACAGGGAAGCCAGGAUGAAGGAAUAUCAGGUGAGGGAGUCCACUGCAGUGGUUGAUCCAGGAAAAGCCAGCAAAGCUGCAUGGAUCAGGAAGAUCAAAGGCCUGCCUAUUGAUAAUUUCAUGAAGCAAGGGAAAACUGCAGCCCCUGAACUUGGACAAAAUGUAUUUAUCUAAACCAGUCUUGGGGAAUUACCAUGUCUUAUGAUAAACAGAAA